AUGUACUCGUCAUUGUUGGUGAUCUUUGGCUUCUCGGUGCUCUGCACGGCUUCCGGAUAUGGUUCAAGGAAUUAUCAGGAACGAAUGGUGCCGAUGCAAGAGCAGGAUUCACCAGGAUCAAGGAUCAUCGGAGGAGCCCAAACUGGCAUAGAGGAAUAUCCAUUUGCGGUCUCGCUGCAGAACAAUGGCACGUUUUUCGGACACGAAGUCGAACAUUUCUGCGGCGGUAGUAUAAUCGGUGAAAAGUGGAUAAUAACAUCGGCUCAGUGUGCUCUUAGGAUACGGGUGAAGGGCUUUCACGUGAGAGCAGGGACGUCGCAUUACUACGAGAACGGUGAGAUUUUCCGAGUGAAAAGUGUGACGAUACACCCAGCGUUUAACGAAAAUAUUUACGACUACGAUGUUGGUCUCAUCGAGCUUGCUGAUAGUAUAAAAUACGACAGCACGAAGCAAUCGAUCAAAUUACCUCAAAGUCACUCGAUGAUCGAGGAUGGCGUGCAGGUUCAAGUCCUCGGUUGGGGUGCAUCCAGGUUGUUAGGUCCCGUGUCAGAGGAAUUGUUACGUAGCACCAUGCAGAAAAUUAACAGCGAGAACUGUCAGCAAGCCAGUGGAGGUGAUGUAUUAACGAACAGGAUGUUCUGUGCCUUGUCUAACGGUGCUGGUCCGUGUGUGGGUGAUUCCGGUUCGCCUCUCAUCUUUGAAAACAUGUUAUUCGGUAUAACUUCGUGGAGCCGAUCUUGCAGCUCGGAAUAUCCAACGGCUUUCACAGCCAUAUCCGAAGUAAAAGAUUGGAUCACAGAUGUAACAGGUAUUGCUUAAAUCCUUACAUAUACCCGGAUGUAACGCGAUCCAAGGUAUAACAUAGAGGUUGCAAUAUUUUCCACGUUACAUCCUGUUGCAUGUUUUACAAGGGUCUCAAAGCAUUCCUGAUUCUAUAUCAUCAUACGUAUCUUUAUAUGAGGUAGUUUCUUUUCUUAGAUCCACUAGGAUUUCAAAACGGUGUUAUAGGAAUAAAUGAAUAAUAUUGUAAAGUUUAAGAAUUAAACUUCUCGAUGUGAAUUGUUUUCAUU